UUAUGUCAGUGGCAGACAUCUACAUCGCUUGAGACCUUGGAGCAAACAGGGAUGUGUAUCUUGGGCCCCCACCCUGCAGCUCCUUUCUGUUGAGAGGAAUCAGCUAGAGCAACUCCCAGAGGGGCUGGAAGGUAGUGAGUCAUUACAGGUUCUGCAGCUCUCCUUUAAUAGGAUCUCAACUUUACGACAAGAAGACCUCAGCCACCUUCGGCAGCUAAAAGAGCUACACCUGCAACAUAAUCUCAUCACAAGUCUCCAUCCACAGAUGUUUCAGGAGUUAGCCCAGCUCCAGGUCCUUGAUCUGAGCUUCAACAUGUUGACCAGUCUCCAUCCUUUGAUGUACGUUUCUUUGCGUAACAUUGGGGCGCAUGUUAGACUGGGUGGGAACAGAUGGCAGUGUGAUUGCAGUAUGCGCAGUCUAAGAAGGCGGAUGGCCUAUGACAACAGCAGAGGCCUGCAGGCCUGGAGUGUGGUGUGUGCUUCCCCUUCCAUCCUUUCAGGAAGAGACCUGCUACAUUUGGAGGAGGAUGACCUUAACUGUUUUAGUACUGAAAAUAGGCCAGAGGUCCACCAAGAUGUGACUGUCUAUAGUGGCUCUGAGAUACUGCUGUCUUGCUCUACACAAGAUUCAAUGUGGUGGACGCCCAGUGGUCAAACCUCUGUAAGCCAACCUCAGGCUGGUCUACUCAUCAAUGACAUCACAGAGAGAGACACAGGACUAUAUGUGUGUCUGUCUGAAGAACGUGAAGAUUUCGACAGUGAUGGGGAGGACUACACAGUCAAACAAGAAACAGAUACAGGAGCGGGCAAAGACCGUCUGCCGUCUGAACACAGCGAGUGCCUGACGCCUGUGAAUCCUUCGAGCAUCCGUACCACGCACUCAGAAGCGUCGCUGGAGUACCGAAGACAACAGCCCACCCAGGGUCACCUGACUCUGGAUUGCAUCUUCUAA